UGAUUCACGCUAUGUUGAUGGUUCAAUCAAUCUAUUAACUUUCAUAAUUAUAAUUUGCUUUGUCGUUUCUCAGUUGAAAAUUGAAAUAUUUUAGCGCCCGAAAAUCAAAAUCAGUGUAGCAAAGUGGAUUUAAUAUAAUGUAUGACUUUUAAACAAGUGCCUUCUUAAGUUCAUUCAAAGUUCGUAAAAAUUACAGUGGUGUCUUACAAAAAUGAAGUGUUAAUUUAUUCAUUUCAUAUAUUCGGUUUGAGUAAAAGUUAAUUACGUAAAAAUGGCUGAAAAGAAAAUCCAAGAAAACCCGUUACCCGAGAGCCAAGGGCCAGAAGUGCUAGAAACACCACAAAUACCAGAACCACCAACACCACAAAUGCAAGAAACAUCAGACAAGAUUAAAGAUGUCCCCACAGCCAUCCCAGUGAAGAUCACCCCUCCCACCCCAGUCACCCCCUCCCCAGUGUCCCGAGUCAGCAUCCCCUCCUUCACCAAGACAGCUCCUAAUGAGCUGUACAGGAAGCUGCUGCCAGCCGUGCUGUUCCUGCUGACGUUUGUCACAGUCAUGACGGUUCUACUCAUCUAUAUGGAUACUGUUGCCCUCGGCGCGCAGCAGUUCCGCCUGAACAUGUCGCGGGACUACGAGCUGGCGCGCAUCCCGGCCGAGUCGCCCACGCUCGUGGCCUACGUGCGGCAGCUGCACCUCGCGCCGCGCCCGCCGCGCACGCCGCCGCCCACGCCCACGCCCACGCCCCGGGUCGAGGCCCUGGACAGGAUACUGGGCGAGAUGUACAAUGGCACUCUGGUAGAGUUUCUUCCUCGAGGUGGCAGGGAUCCUACAGCAGCAUACUUAGAGACAGUCCGUGGGUGGAGCGGGGUGGCUGUCAGGGCUGCGCCGAGGGACUUCUUAGCUCUCAGGGGCGCUGCGAGAGCAUUGCAUGCUUGUCUCAGCCCUACUGAUCAUCCUAGAGAGGUUAGCUACGAGGAAGCAGAGGGCGGCGGCGGCGUGUUCCGCUCGCGCGUGCUGUGCCUGCCGCUGCUGACGGUGCUGCUGGCGGCUGACGCGCCGCGCGCGGACUACACGGCGCUCGCCGGGGCCGCCGCGCCCAAGGCCUUAGCCGCACUGCCCUACGACCGCCUGCGACUGAAGGUGAUUGACUUCCGGUCAACAGAUCCAAUAGCCCUCAACAAAACAACGGAAAUUCUGACGGCUAACAACUACACCGUGGCGGCGACAUUUGAUGAUGGCAUCAUGUACGCUCUCAAAGACUUGACCCACGAGUGAGGUGACCACUCACCAUCUGCCGGCCUAUUUCUAAACAGCGUUUCAGGGUCCAUUCAUGACGAUGCUCGAACAUACUCUUGUCAAUGUAAAAGUAAAACUUAUUUCAAUGUCCUAAAAUUCAAAUUUAAAUACAGUCAUCCAUCUGAACGGACCCUAACUGCAAAAAUCAGUUUUUGAGCUAUCGCCAAAACGUGGGAAUUUAGAGACAUCAGUUUUUUGAAAAUUUCUACUAUUUAGCAAUAGCUCAAAACUAGAUUUUUGCAGUUAACUGCUUUUUUAGAAAUAAGACGAUAUUAUAGUACGCGUCAUAAAAGUUAUAACUUUGAACACGCUUGGAUAUCUCUAUUUUUAGUAAUCUAAAAAAAAAAAACUUCAACUUUCGUGACGCGAGCAAUGAUGCCAACAAAAUGGUUAGUAAUUAUUAAUUAUUUCUAUUUUAAUUAUUUUAGUGUAUCCCUGCAAAUGAAACAAUAUAAACAUUUUUUGUGUUUUAACAAUUUACUAAUUUCAACAAGUAUAGCUUACAAAUACAAAAAAAAAAUGUUUCUAAUCAAAUAGUAAUGGGGACAAUGUUUUAAAUAAUAUUUUUUUUAAAACAAUUCAAUAAAUAAACAAAUGAUAAUUUUAAAAUAAGCAAAACUGAUUUUUAAUUGAAUCUAAGAAAUAAAACCCUGUGACAGCAAUAAGUAUUAGUUUUAUGUAUUAUUAAUAAUUAAUAAUUUUAAUUUGAAUAAUAAUUUUUAUUUUUUUAAUUCAUUUUAAUAGAAAUCAGUAUUUUUUAAUUUUUAAUUAAAAUAAUGGGUAAUUCCUACAUGAUUGUGAUAAUCUUUAAUGAUUGCCUUAUGUAGAGCCACUUUGCACAAUAAUUAGGAAAAUAUACAGUUCUAAUUCAAUUUGUAGAAUAUUAUUAUUAAUAACUUACAAGAAAAGUUGAAAAUAUUCAUACUGAUAAGGUACCACAAAAACGCGUUUUUUUAAAAGUUCGGAAAUAAAAUAUCAGACUACCGCUAGAGGUUAACGAACGUUGCGUAGACAGGCAGUCGAAGGCGGGGCAUUAACCCCAAGUUUUGCGCGCUAUACGUUGCGGGUUUUAAAAACAAAAUCACAAACUAAAAGACGAAUAAAGCAAAUGGUUAUUGAUAUUGGAUUGUGUUUAGAUAGUAUAAUAAUAGCGCUAAGUUUUGGCUAGAGGUCUGAUUUCAGUCUGUAUAAUGGUAGGAGGAUUUCUUGGGGUCAUAAAAAUAGACAAUAAAGACAGUAUGUGAAUAUGGAAGGGGUCAGGUUCCAUUCAAUAUCUAUAAAACCUUAAUUUUUUAUCUGUUUAAUUUUUUUUUUGACUGUGAUAUAGACUUUUUCACGAAUUGAAUUGGAACGAAACAUUUCGACUUUGAAAUAAUAAAUGUAAAAUAAGAUUUAGCGCAAUUUAAAUACCUUUCCCACAUAAAAAUAAAUUUUGAAAAUCUCGCUUUUAAGGUCUUUUAAAUUUUGAAUACUUAUUGAAUUUUUCAAAUCACUGGUAUUAAAAUUAGCGAUUUAUGAGCGAAAUAAAUCUUGUUAAAAUGCACUGUUUACUCUCUUUUUACUUCACUUGAAGACAGCGUAUAAAAUAAAAUAAUUUUAAGAAAUAAGUAUAUAUAUUGUUUCUGAUCCAGUAAAUAAGUAAUUAUAAUUACUAUUGUAAUCUUCAAGAUCUUGCGGUACAAAUUUUUAUCAUACUAAUUGUAAUAAAUAAUAAUAUAUUCUUCAUAAUUCUUAUUAAAUAAUAUUUAUAAUGAAAUUGUGUGAAUUGUCAAUUUACUGUAGAAAAGGUGCUUUCCUACUAGAAAGACGAUGAAUUAUAUUAAAUACGUUUCUGUGUCUAUUCUAGUCUGAAAGUACAUAUUAUUGGAUUAAUAGCGACCAAAAGAUGUAAAAAUGAUCCUUUUUGCCUUGAAAGAGUAGCCAGUAUUGCUUAUUAUAUGUAUGUAUAUAUUUCACAAUUUGAAAUGCCAUUUUAGCGUAUUUGAUGCUAAAAUGGCUUUUCAAAUUAUGAAAAAUAUUUUGAAAUGCCAUUUUAGCAUCAAUUUAUUAGCAAAAUUGUUUUUGAAACUAUAAGUUUUUGUUUAUGUAUACAUUUUAAUGAUUCAAUUUUUAUUAUAAUUACUCGAAAUGUCAUGCCAUUUUAACAUUAUAUGUAUAUUAUUAAUUUUUUCAUGACUUACAAUAUUUAUUCAAUCAUUUUUUUUAUUGAAACUAUAUUUUAACAACACAAAUGCGUAAAACAUGAUUGUGAACUCGACAAGUAUUAUGUAAGUAAAUAAUUUCAUUGUUUUAAAAUUAUUAAUGUUAGUUUUUAAUUCCAUUAUUAUUAAGUAUGAUUUUAACGCCAUUUUACUAUGGAAUCUUUUUAAAUGAUGAAUUACAAUUUAAUUAUAAUAAGGAUGGGGUUCCAUUCCACUCGAAUCGUUUUGAUAUUUUAAUUCCGUCGUAAUGUAAUUGUUAUUGAAAGACUGAUUUAAGAUUAGCUUUUUUAAUUACGUAGAUCGCUUUUGAGAGUCGGUGGAAAGUUUUUCGGAAGUGCUUGAUAUAAGACGAAUGUUGGUAAGACGGUUUUGAUUGCGAAAGUGAUUUGUUAUUGUCACAUGUGCCUAUGUCAAAAAUAAAUUAUUUCUUAGUAAUUAUUUAAUAGAGGGUUUUCUAGAAUUCGUAAAAUCCACGUCCACUGUUAGUUUUAAGUUUGCUAACUAUUAAAUUAAUUAUAAAUUGCGAUACGAACGCAUCUGCGGCAGUGCGCUGGUUGCUUUCAAAGUCUUAAAGAGUAUUAUUUUGUUCUAGUGGGUGACGGGAGUGUAUUACAUUACAAUAAAUUAUUAUCGAUUUAACUAAAAAAGUACGAAUAAUUCGUGAAAUGUUAUGACGUCUCAUUUAUGUAUUUAAUACUGCGAUAAUAAGCGAGCAUUUUGACGUUUGGUAAAAAUUUGCUGGUGUGAUUGAAUCUGUGGUAUUACCAUAUUAUAAUAAACAUUCGCCUUUUAUAAAGCACCCCUUCAAAAUUCGACACCGUCUCUCAAGCUAUUUUGACAUGAACAAAAUUCAUCUCAUAUAUUUUAAUGAAUUUUAUUUUAAUAAUUAAUAAUUAAAGUAUUUUUUUUUCAAUUUUAAUGUAAUUUCAUUUAAUUAUAAUUAUUUGUAAGCGAUAAUUUGACAAUGAGGAAUGUAUUAAUAAGUUUUAAGCUUUAGUAAGAUUUCACUAGAUUUAGUUUUAUAUGCGCUCAAUUUUUUCACAAAUUAAAUGGCUUUAAAUUGAA